AUGGUUUUCUCCACAGGUGCCCUGAUGAUCAGAUCGGAGGAUGCCGGCUUUGUGGUGAUAACAGGUGUGAUGAGUCAGAGGUACCUCUGUAUGGACUUCAGAGGCAAUAUCUUUGGAUCGCACCUCUUCAGCCCCGAGAGCUGCAGGUUCCGACAGCGGACGCUGGAAAACGGCUACGACGUGUACCACUCCCCCCAGCACCGCUUCCUCGUCAGCCUGGGCCCGGCCAAGAGGGCCUUCCUGCCGGGCACCAACCCGCCGCCUUACUCCCAGUUCCUGUCGCGUAGGAACGAGAUCCCCCUCGUCCACUUCAACACCCCGCGGCCGCGGCGCCACACCCGCAGCGCCGAGGACGCCGAGCGCGACCCGCUGAACGUGCUGAAGCCCAGGCCCCGCAUGACCCCCGCGCCGGCCUCCUGCUCCCAGGAGCUCCCAAGCGCCGAGGACAGCGGCGUGGUGGCCAGCGACCCGUUAGGGGUGCUCAGGGGCAACAGGGUGAACGCGCACGCCGGGGGUAUGGGCGUGGAGAGGUGCCGCCCCUUCCCCAAAUUCAACUAG